ACCUUUCGUGAUCUGUCUCAUCCUCAGACAACCUACCCAUAAACUACACAAAAGAAAGCUUCUUUCUUUUUUGGUUUUUGAGAUUUGUGUCUCUUUCUCUUUCUCUCUCUCAAUAAUGGAAGCGAAAUCAGCGUUAAGGAUUGAUAGAAAAUCUUCCAUAGAAAGUGAGCCAAGGACUCUUAACAUUAAUGAAAUCCAAUGUGCAAGAGAGGCUGCCAUGUAUGUGGUGAGGACGAGGACCAUAGAAGAAGCCAUGAGUAUUUUCACUGAGGGAUUAGCGCCGGUAGUAAGCGUGGCAAGAGAUAAUAUAGGAACGAUGAUGAACCCCAAAGACAUGCAGUAUUUAGAGGAGCUGCAUUUACAAGAAAUACGGGAUGUCGUUUCUGCACCUUUCUAGUUCGUUGUUUCUACUUUGUUUUUUUGUUUAUGUAU